AUGGCUGUCCUCAAGAACAUUGUCCUCGCAGCUUCGCUGCUCACUCCUUUGGCAUUGGCCGCGCCCAUGCUUGAUGAGCGUGCUCUGCACACCAAAACUGAAGUGGUCUGGGUGACGAUCGAAGAGACCACCACCGUCUGGGUUGAUCCCGCUGCCCCUACAACCAGUACCGCAGCAGCCCCCGUUGAGGUUGUUGUCACCACGACUACCACGCCAGCUCCUGUUGAUGUCGCCGCCGCCACUACCACUGAAACUCCUGUCGAGGUCAUCGUACCUACCACUACCAGCACCGACCCUCCAGCAGCAGUCUUCGCCCAGACCACCGCCGCUCCAUCCACCUUUGCCACCGUUGCAGCCGUUGCCUCUGUCUCGUCGGAAGCCGCGGCGGCUCCAUCAUCUCCAUCGGUAGCUGAUACCCCGGCCGCUGCUUCCACGUCUGCGGCACCUGCUCCGCAAUCGUCUGCUACCAGCGGUGGAAGCAAGGAUGUCACCGCCUCGACCAGUGGCACUUGUGAAGGGACGAGUGACGCCUGUGUCGGUGAUGUAACUCACUGGGACGGAGGCCUCGGCGCGUGUGGUUGGGAUGUCAAUACCAGCAGUGAUUUGCAGGUUGCCUUGCCUGUCGGUUUCAUGGGCAGUCUGUCCAACAGCAACCCGUACUGUGGGCGAUCUGUGACCUUGUACAAUCCCACCUCUGGCACCACUGUCCAAGCCAAGGUUGGCGACAAGUGCAUGGGCUGUGUUGACCGCGCCAUCGACUGCACUGAUGCCCUCUUCACCGCCAUCACGGAUGGAACGGGCGAUGGCCGUGUGAGUGGAAUUCAAUGGUGGUUGAGCUAG